ACGCCCCGUGGAGAUCAGAGAGGGAAGCUGGUAACUCAUUUCGUGAAGGAGCGACGUGAGCGCUUGUACCGUUUAUCGAGAGAGAAGGCGCGACGUAAAGAGACGGAUUCCAUUGCUGUAAAAUACGCGCGAGAGAUAAGUGUCAGCCGCCGGUGUGUUAUAAGAGUUCGGGAGUUUAGUGUUAAAGUGUGCCUAAAGUAGUGCGUGAUUGGUUUCCUUCUGGACACGUGGUUUACAAUUUUAGAUUAAGUUUAGGAAGACGCUUAGGAAGAAUAUCAACCUAAGAAGAAGAAGAAGAAGUAGUAGAAAAGGAAGAAGAAGAAGGAUCAUCAUCUCAGCCUCGAGGAAUUACUUUCAGGUGAGGGGGGCGACCCCCCGAUGGUUAGAAACCGGUCCUGGAUUCUACCUGUGCUCAGAUAUAACGAUAUCAACCUGUGCGUAAAUGGUUGAGAGAGGAAUUUCUCGAAUUAGAUUAGGAUGUCACACCACAGCGACGAUAACAUGCUCAUAGCAACGUCAGAUUCAUUUUGGGAGCCGGGAAAUUACAAGAGAACCACCAAAAGGAUCGAGGACGGUCACAAACUUUGUGAUAGUUUAAUAGCAUUGGUUCAGGAAAGAGCAGAAAUAGAAAAAAGUUACGCCAAGGCGUUGAAAAAUUGGUCGAAAAAUUGGAACGACAAGAUUGAAAAGGGUCCAGAGUAUGGGACAACGGAAGCUGCGUGGAAAGGUGUUUUGGUCGAGUCUGAUAGGUUGUGUGAUCUUCAUCUCAGGGUUAAGGAAAACCUUUGCAAUGAUAUUAUUCAACAAGUGAAGACAUGGCAGAAGGAUACUUAUCAUAAGUCGAUGAUGACCCUUAAAGAGCGGAAGGAAAUGGAAGAUGCGUUUAAAAAAGCCCAAAAACCCUGGGCUAAACUAUUACAAAAAGUCGAGAAAGCCAAAGCAGAAUAUCACAACAGCUGCAAAACUGAACGAACUGCGGCUAACAUGGAGAGGAAUGCAUCAGCUGAUAGUUCUCUUUCACCAGACCAGAUGGCACGAGGCUCUGAAAACGUAAAGAAAAUGCAAGACAGGGUUCAGAAGACGAAAGAAGAAGUACAAAAGGCAAAAGAAAAAUAUGAAGCAGCUCUUCAAGAAAUAAAUCAAUAUAAUCCUAAAUACAUGGAGGAUAUGUCACAAGUUUUUGAUAAAUGUCAAGAAAUGGAGGCCCAACGACUUCAAUUCUUCAAAGAAGUUCUUUUUGGUAUUCACAAGUGCCUCAAUAUAUCCCAGGAUCCAGUGCUUCCACAAAUUUAUGAAGAAUUUUAUCAUACGAUUAAUAACGCAGAUCAUGAAAAAGAUCUUAAAUGGUGGUCUAAUAAUCAUGGUGUAAACAUGGCUAUGAAUUGGCCACAGUUUGAGGACUACACAGAGGAAUUCCGUGACAUCACCAAGGGUUCAAAGUCAAAGGAGGCACUUCCAGCUGGAUCCAUCACUCUCAUCAAUCAACGACCGGUCGGCGAGGAUCUGCAUGAAUUCCCUCCAGUCAAUCAUAAAUCAAAGUCAAAAUCUGCCGGUCGUGUUAUAUCAACGGAUGGACUUCACAAUGAUAAUAAAACAGAUACCAUUAAUUCGAGCAAACAAUCAUCGGAAAAAAUUAAUCACGAAAGUAGUGCCGUUAAUAGAAGUUCUACAAUUACGAAUGGUACUAACAAUACAAAACAAGAAUCUAAUCCAUUCGAGGAAGAAGAAUGGGACGAGGAUGGUGGUGAACCAUUGGUAGAUAGUGGAGAACCAGGUGUUCCGGUUAAAGCUUUGUAUAAUUACGAAGGUGCAGAAGCUGACGAACUUAGUUUUAAACAAGGUGAUGUAUUUGAAAAAUUGGAAGACGAGGACGAACAGGGAUGGUGUAAAGGAAGGAAAGAUGGUAGAGUUGGUCUUUAUCCUGCGAAUUACGUAGAAUUAUUAUCUCAAUAGUUUAUGAAAAUUGACAUUUUUUAAACAAACUUCCUUUCUUGGUUACUUAAAAGUGAGUAAACAUUAAUUAAAAAAAAAAAAAA